UAAUCCUGAAGUCGUGGUAUUGGAAUUAAAUAAAUGUGCAGAGAAAAUUCGGACGCUUGUGUUCCAUAACGGACCAAGUUGUGAUUCAGUGUGGUAUUUCGUGCUCGAAAAUUCGUAUUUUUUUCUCGAAAUAUUCAUGUCUUAGUGGCGAACGUGUUCGAAUAUGAUUCAGUGUUGUUGAAUUUGUUUCGCCGCUUGAUUCCUGGAGCAGAAAUUUUUCAUGAAAUGGAAUCUACGACACUGAAUGCAGUAACCAAAUGUUUCGUCAGCCUUUUGUUUUAUAUUUCUACAUUUCGUAUCACAUCGACAACAGAUAGCACAUGCAAACAGUCUGAAUACCAUUGUCAAAAUGGCAGAUGUGUUCCUGCCAACCAUUUUUGUAAUUCCGUUAACGAUUGCGGUGAUAAUUCUGAUGAGCCUAGAUUUUGCACACCAUGCAACCGAACUUAUUAUGGUGAAGUUGGAAUAACUUACGAAAUGGAAAUACACAGGCCAAAAAUUAACCAGUUACCGUUUUCUUGCUCUUUAACAUUUUCUGGAGGUGGUGGUAAAUUUGGAGAUAUUGUACAGAUUACCUUCAGUCGAUUUACGUUGGGACGUUUUCAUUCUUUUAUGGGUUCAAUGGGCUGCCAAGAUGGAGAAAUGCAAAUUUCAGAGUCCGAACGUCCUUUUACCGGUGGAAGUUGGUGUGGCAGCGCAGUUAAACCGACGCAUUAUUUUAGCGAAUCGUCUUCCGUUAAAGUUACCAUUAAAUUACAUAAAUUACCCGAUGAUAACGAUGAUUACAACUACGAUAUAAAAAUUACUUAUAAAAUGUUACCAAAAAAGGAUUCAGUAAUUAGAUACGGUGGAAGAUAUUUUGACAGCAGAUUACAAGGGUAUCUGAACGGAAGUAUGAGCAGUUCCGGUACGCAUCGAGAAACGUCACCUCGUUACUUUCUAGGCGAUUUAAUAUCGGGUACCUAUUGUUCGAGGAUAUUCAGCGAUUGCGAUCGAAAUGACUGCCGAUUGCAGUCACCCAACUUCCCUGGCAUGUAUCCUCGAAAUUUAACUUGUUAUUACGCUAUUCGACAACAAUCCAUACCGCCAAAUAAACAUGCACUUAUUAGCAUACGACAGAAAAACGGCCAACUAUUAUCCGUACAAUCCAUUCAAUAUGCAGAGAAUAAACACGAAACAAAAUUAAAAUAUUGGCGCGAAUGCGAUACCGUUCAAGAUUAUAUCACUGUAUAUGACGGAUAUACAACUAGAGACCCGGUUUUAUUGAAAUUUUGUGGAGGAGGUUCGCCGCUUCCGGAGAUUUUCACUAGCGGGCCAGAAUUACUCGUUGAAUUUUCUACGUCUCCUUAUGGCACAAUGCUGAAUCCCACCCAUUUGUUACCUUUGCACGGAUUUCAACUACAAGUGCAGGUAUAUUUUGUAGACAGAGAUUCGCACUUGUAUACCCAUAAUAAAAGAUGCGAGUUUUGGAUUCAAGGAUCUGGAAAUGGUGUUUUAGAGAGUCCAAAGCAUACCCUUCCUCCCAAUACCACGUGCUUUUAUCAUUUACAAGGUUUAGAGCCUGGAUCAACUCCUCCAACAAAGUACCAAGAUGAUACGAAGAAUAAGAAAUACGUCAGAUACAAAGUUUGGUUAUCAGUUUUAAAAUUUCACGCUUCCGGAUUAGAAAGUGUACCGAUGUCGAUGAAAGAAGAGAAAGAUUGUCGAACUCAAUUGCAAAUUUGGGACAGCAACGUUCGAACGCAAAAAGAAUACCAAAAUAUAUCUCAUAUGAACGAACACCUGCUGGCUCGGUAUUGUAAAAAUUUGAUACCUCGAAGUUGCGAGCACUCGUUAUUAGAAAGAUCGUCUAGCCGACCUUGCUCACUGUCAGAAAGUUUUUUAUCAACGGAAAACGCUUUAACUUUGGAAAUGAAAACUUUCGAAUCAACGGCACUGCGCCCUGUUUCAUUUCGAGCUUUGUACGAAUUCGUUGACUUACAUCAAGAUGGCGAGCCUAUGGGAAUAAGACCAUGUGAUAGAAAAUUCCAAAGUAGAACGCAUAUUACUACAAACGCUUCGUAUAUUUUUACUUCGCCAAGAAAUGUCUUCUUGUAUGGCCGAGGAGGUUCAACUAAUUUGAGCUGCACAUAUAGAUUCGAAGCGCAGAAAGGAGAAAAAGUGAAAAUUACAAUAACGAAAUUGGCAUUUGCGAAUAGAAACGAUUGUUUUACGCGUCGUAAUUACGAUAAUCAAUAUCUGCAGUGUGUAGGAAAUUGCACAGCUACUCUGAGAUUUUACGAAGUGCCAUAUAAAGAAGGAUAUCCGUUAUCGAGACAUUGUUUAUGUUCCGGAAUGGAAACCUUCCUACCCUUUACGUAUGAAUCUUCAUCGAAUACCAUAGAGCUUGAAUUUAUCGUCAAUGAGAUGAAUUUUACCGAAGACUACAGACAUCAUUUUAUGGAAGGUACUUUUCAAUUCAUCAGAACGUCCAUUUGUUCGGAGAACAGAAUCGUCACAGGAUCUAGCGGAGAACUUGUAUUCAAAUCACCUAGUAGAACUCCUCUCGAGGUAAAUUGUGAAAAAGAUCCUUGGAUGAUAAAGCCUCGAGAUGAUCACUACCUGUAUGUGAAAAUGCACGGAAUUAUCAUACCUGGCAGUGAUCCUUGUAUAAGAAACAUAUCUUAUUCUGUAUUGUGUUCUACGGCUAAUCGAAUUGUAAUAUAUUCUGGGAAAACUGUACACGCUUUGGUAUGCCCAUUACCAAUUCCAUCCCAAAGACAUCACAUUGUUGAAGUAUUUUCUGAUGGAUGGAUUAUUGGAACUAAUGCUCCGCAAUCGAUUAACGAAUGGUUUAAAUUUGUCGCUAAAAAUCAAUCGAAACACAUUAUUGUAGAAUUCCUAUCUUUUGAAGCGGGAACGUAUCGUCUUUCGUGGCUAGAAAUUUCUAAAAGACGUCUUUUGUUACCACCAUCGGUCGGUCUGACUUAUGUUCAAGAAGAAUGCUUCCACAAAUGUCCCGAGUUGAACGGCUGUAUAAAUUCAUCUUUAUGGUGCGAUGGAAUCGAACACUGCCCAUCUGGCUAUGACGAAUCAAUAAAACAUUGUUUUUUUCUAUUACAACUGCCCGCUUUAUACGUAAUAAUUAUAUUAACUGGUUGCACACUGAUCUCGUGCAGUACCGUAGUCGUCUGUUAUCGUUAUUAUAAACAUCAAAUGACCCUUCAUACACUGCCAAUUGAUACCGAGGCGAUUUUCGGCCCUAGGGAAGUGAUUUGCUGACAAAACGCCGAUAGUACCUCUAGGUACAUUGAAAUCGAUCGGGUUACAACCGUUUGACAUUUAUUCGCUCCAGCAAAAUAUUAUGUUAACCUGAUCGAUUACCGCAUAAUUACUUAGUUAAUUUUUCGUAUAUUUUGAAUAAGUCAUUCAUAUACCACCAUCUGUGUGAAACGAUUUCAUGUGUUCAACCUUUUUUUUUCUUGGGGAAAAAGUUUUCAUCUUUUUGCUCCGCGAGAGCGAUUUCAUUUUAAGGAUACGUCCUGACUGAUGUAAAAAUUGGGUAGGCUAGGUAUGUAAAAAUUGAAUUUUUAUUCUUACGAGCAUAGUAUGUUAUCUAUGUGAAAAAUUGCCGACAAGUAUAUUAUUUUAUCGAGUGUAAUUUUUACGAGUUUUUAGAUUAUAGUCGUUAUUACCUAUUACUGUUCUGUGAUAAGUUUCGAUAAUCAAUGUACUAAACGUUAUAUUUAUAUGUAUACAUACGUAUUGUAUAAUUUGCAAAACGAUUCUUUUUAAUUGCGCAAAAAGACACCAAGUAGACCAUAUUCAUUUUUUCAAUAGGUGCCUUUCGUCUAACUGGUUAUUGUUAUUAUACCAUGGUGUUUUGGUUGUUGUUUUAACCUAAACCAGGGGAACCGGUUUUUGUUUUUUGCAAAAUGUUUUCAAAAUUCACGAUAAUUACAAAAUGUUCAAGAAAUGGGGACCCCGAGUAAAGUUUGAAAAUUAAAAAAUUAGCAUAAAAGGGAGAUUUUUUUCGAAACACCCUGUAUUGGGAAAUCUAUGAAUUUUCAUAUCGUGUAUCUAGCUACCUACCUACUAAAGCGUUUCAGAUAAUUUUUAGGGGGUUAAAUGCGCGGAGAUUCAUUUCCGUAAAGUUUGAUUUUUUCAUCGCAUUUUCGCGAUUAUUUCAAAAAGUGAAAUUAGAAUUUGAAAAAAAUUUCUUCAUGCGGUGUUUUUGAGUUGUUUGAAAUUUUCUAAACUGCUUAUAGAACUCUAGAAAUUUUGUAACGUGAAAAAGGGAAGAAUACUUGAGAAACCAAAUUCAGGACUUUGCUAUCUAUGUACAAUAUUUUGAAAUCAUUCUCGAACAUUAAGGAAAAGUAAAAACCAGUCCACCUCGCGUGUAAUUUUUUAUCUAAUGGUGUUCACUCAAGCUGAUAUCUGAAGGAUCAAAACUUAGUUUUCUCGUAUGUAAAACGUAGACUCCUCUCUAUUGCCACAAAAUGGAAAUAUCUAGAUGGCUUUUUAUUUAUUCAAUAGGUAGUCUACUUUAAUUAUUUUUGGAGUCACAUCAAUUUCUUAAAUUAGAUUGUAUUUACUUGUACACCGGGUGUUCCGCGACAUUUGUCAAAUAGGUAGGGUUAAUAGUUAAUAUUUUUCAACAUUUGAUUUUUAAACGCACGAGUUGAUUGUUGUUAUCGAUUUAAAAUUUAGCACACACUUCAAAAAUGAAGUCUCUUUUUUCUGUUGCAUAUAAACUUUGCGCCCUGCUAUUUGCAUACAUUCACUUUUUCUCAUGUGUAUGACGCUCGAUUGACCCUUAAAAUUUAAUUACUUUCCAACUUGUCUACUUGAAUUUCUAUGGACAGUAGAUAAAUUUACACUUGUGUACGUAGUUUAGGUUGCUGUUGCUACCAAGCUAAUUAUACAACACCAUCAAAUGGAACACCGCGGUGUAAAUUGCAAAAACGUCUGUAAUAUUCGGUAAUCAUUUUUCAGAAUUUGUCUAACCUAUUUAACUAUAUUCUAAAACAUGCGAGAUAACAUAUAUGAGAUUAUCAAAAAGAAUAAGUUUGUUCUUUCAUUUUUUCCAGCUGACGAACACAUUUGCAUCUACGUGGUCUCGAGUGUAAGUUCAUGUGCCAAAAAAUAAAGGUUAGAAAACGACCAAAACAUCCAAUACGAGCGAUGUAUGAAAUAUUUUACGUACCUAACUUUAUUAAUAAUCUUACCUAGAUAAGUUUUUUUUUUCGAUUUUACUCAAUAAUUAUUUAGUUAAUGAUACGACUACAAAAUACCUUUAAUAAAGGUAUGCAAGUAUAUUUUUUCAACAUUGAAAAUUUUUGUAUUUUUUACCACAUUUCUUGUAUAUAAAACGCCCGUAACGUAAACAGUUUUGAGAAAGUUUUGUUUCGAAGUUUUGUAUUGAAAUUUCCAAAUCCAUUUCAUUCUCCCCCAAUGAUAUUUCACUUGUAACUCGUAAAUUGGAAAGAAUAAUUCAUGAAAUGUAGCAGAUUAAGCUAAAUAAUUGAAAAAAUCCUCCUUUUGAAAUUGCUGCCCUUUUAUUUCAGCAGUUGGGACAACAUGUCAAUGGUGUUUGUAUAAGUUGUCGCGUUCUUCCAUAGAUUUAAUUAGGUAUUAAUUUUUUCUAUUGUAAUGAUAAAUCUUCAAAAUGUUAUGUGUAAUGUAAUGUACAUGAAAAUCGUCGAUUAAUUUCAUCUUAUUUCGAAAUAACAGGGUCAUCAUAUUUUGUACAUGUUAUUACCUCAAAUGCAUAAAUAAAACAAACAGUACCUACCUUAGAUUCUCAACUUGCCUAUAAUUUUUUUUUUGAUUUGAUGAUUUUCUUCAGUAGGUAAACCUAUUGCAUAUUUUUUUUUCAUAGUUUUUCAGUAGGUACCUACUUAACCUAUUAUUUUUAUUCGACUUUUGUACAGGUAGUUUAAUUUAAACUGAAUUCCAAUGUAAAGCGUUAGUGAGAACUAAAAUGGUACUGUUUUAUACAGCUCAUUUGCUCGCCAUAGUAAAAAAUUUAAUGAAAUCAGAAUUUUUGUAACCAAAAUAACUAUCAAUUUUGAAGGAUUAUCAGCCAAACUGGGUACAUAGGUAUACUACCUAUCUAUUUUAUAUAAUUUGCAUAAAGCGGAUUUUAUAAGACAAAAUUAUUAUGAAAAACGUUUUUAAAAAAAUAGUGGAUGAUCGUGAAAGCGAUCAAUAUUUACUUCCAGUUCCUAUUAUUUCAUAAUUUACCAAUAUAUUCGUGCUUUGUAUAAAUUAUCAGUUUUUAAAACUCAAGUUAGUUCUUCUUUACCUGUUAUGUUUCUUUAUAGAUUUUUUUUUUUUUUACUUUGUUACCUCGUUAUAUUGAUUUAUAAUUUGUUAUCCAUUUGUUAUAGAUAACGUAAUUAGAUUUAAACGCAUAGAUAAAGUUGAUAUUUUAAAAAUAGGUAACUACCAUUUAAAAAUGCAUUUUUCCAUAGAACUGAUGUAAGCCUUAUUCAAUUUCCAACGAAUGGAAAAAUUCGAUGCAUUUAAAGUAAUUCGUGAAUACCAUACAUAAAAUUAACUUGCAUAUGUACUUCAGUUAGAAAUUGUUAUUUGACCAUUUUUAAUAUGUUAUUUUACCAAUUUUAUGAUCAGUUCAUAAACUGUCUGGAAUUGUUACAUCUUUGUAAGGCUUUGUAAAGAAAGUUAUGCGUCAUUUAGUGCAAAAGUUAAUCAUAUUAUGAUGUACAAUAGUACAAUAAAGACUUUUGGUAAAUA